UAAGGGAAAAGCCGGCUUUAGGACCCGUUCGUUGCGCGCCGUUAGAGGCAGCGCCGUGCGCCAAGGUGGAGUCACGUGCAUUGCAGGAACCCGAAACUGAGAAGUUAACAAAGUAGGAUUGCUCUCAUUGAAGGAGAAGCCGGAGAAACGGCGGCGUGCGAUAUGAAACAUGGCCUCUGUCCUCAGCACUGUCUUGCAAUGGGCUCUCAGCAUCGUCAUCCCAUGUUUUACAGCUCAGCUCUGGAGAUUCAUGAACAAACUGCUGACCGUCGUGGUCGUGGUGGCGCUCGCUGUUCUCCUCUCCACGAUGUGGAUAGCCAUGAACAAAGCGGAUUAUUCCCCCAUGGGCACGGACCACGAGGUUGCUGUGACAGCCAAGCAGUUGUGGAAGCCCACCAGUGUCCUCAAUAUCAUGAAGGAUGCCCUGUUGUAUGUGGCUAACCUGCUGCCCUCUUACGAACCACUGACAGCUGAGAAUCUCCUAAGGCACCGCGAUCGGCUGGAUGGUGUCAACUACAUACUCCAAGCCUGUUUCAACAAGGCCAUUGAUACCUUUCUCCAGGAGCCCUGGUCUGUGCAGCAAAAUGCCCAGCUGGUUAUCCAGUGCGACGGACCUCCCAUAGAGUUUCGGUCCGGCAAGGGGGACUGCCAGAUUUCUGUAUAUGUCCUAUACAAGCGGAUCCAGUGUGAUAUCAAAGAGCGGACGGCCGAAAUGUACCUUGCGAGACUGGCCAUUCGCAAGGAGCCACUGAGUGUCGGAGACCUGCUGAGAGUGAGGCAGAGCUUGCGCUCCUGGGGGGUUCUUCCCGAGGAACUAGGCCACUGCUUGGAGUUUGCAGUGGAAGAGUUUGCCAAGGAGCCGUUCUGCGUCCAGGACAAUGCCCACAUGGUUGUAGACUGCGGCGGGCAGGUGCUGAACUUUGCCUCUGGCGAAGGGGAGAAUAAGAUCAAUAUCUACGACGUACGGGGAGGCCUCAUUCACUACCGGAUCAGGAUCUCGGGUUCUUGGACCAGCAUCGUGCGGUUCUUUCAUGGGAACAAAGAUCACACGCAAACACAUGCGAGGAAGCCUCUGCAGCUAGAGUGAGAUGAGAGCUACGAAAGGAGCUCGCCUC